AUGAGCUACGACCCCAGGUAUCCACUCCCACAAGUGUUCCUCGUGGAUGGAGGAGACAGUUCGGUGCAUCCUGCCCAGCCUCCGAAUCUUGUGCCCUGCUGGUCGGCCCUCCCUGCCCAGGAGAAGGUGAGGAGCCAUGAAAGGAGAGGGGGCUUCAUGGGCAUCAGCCCCUGUUUGACUUUGAUGGUCCUGCUGCUGUUCCUGCUGGUGUUUGCGGCCCUUGGCUUUGAGGCCUAUCAGAUUUAUGGCAUGCAAACAGAACUGAGACAGAUGAGCCAGGGUACAGCUGUGACAGAGUUCAAUAUGCCUCAAAAGCAAAUAGGUCUCUAUGAACCUAAGCUGCAUGAAGAAGACAAAGACGACAGACCUGCAGCACAUGUGAUUGGGCAGAUUGAGAAAGAGGUGUUCCAUAAGACUUUGCGAUGGGAACCGAAGGUGGGUCGGGCCUUCUUAUCUGGAGGAGUGACCUACCAGGUUGAGGAUGGCGGCCUGCGGGUCAACGAGAGCGGCUUAUAUCAUGUCUACUCACGGGUGGAGUUGAUCUUUAAGAGCUGCUCCUCCAAGUCCUCGUAUGAGCACUCCGUGUUUGUGAGGAGAACGGGACACUUGUCACCCCUCACCCUGAUGGAGGCCCACAGAAUCGACUUCUGCCCUCAGCAGCGGGAGCACUCCUGGACCUCUGACAGCUUCCUGGCCUCUGCCCUGAAACUGAAGAAAUACGACAGAGUGUUUGUAAAUGUAUCACACCCCAGUUAUCUCAGCCAUGCACAUUAUGCCAACUUCUUUGGUCUCUACAAGAUAUGA